AUGUUGUUCAGUCCAACGGGUUGGAGUGAAUGUUUACGCGAAUGGGAGGAUUUAGAGAAGAACCACCAACAAAUUCAGGAUACCCAUCGUCUAUACAAGCAGAAACUUGAGGAAGUGACCAAACUGCAGGACAGCUGCUCCAGUGCUAUAGCACGUCAGAGGAAGAGACUGAAAGAGCUCACUGUGUCACUGAAAGAAUGCAAAGAAAAUCAUUCAACACCCAAAUUAAGUCCAGAGGACAUGGAUGCCAUUGCUGACAUCAAGGACUCCAUGAAAGACAGAACAAAUGCUUUCUCUGAGAUGGAAGCUUUUCUGCCAAAGAAAAACGGGUUAUACCUCACUCUUGUUUUGGGAAACGUCAACGUAACACUCCUCAACAAACAGUCAAAAUUUGCCUAUAAAGAUGAAUACGAGAAGUUCAAGCUGAUCCUCACGGUCAUCCUCUUCGUGUUCUCCUUCACGUGCCGCUUUUUAUUCAGCUACAGAGCUCUAGAUGCCCUGUUUAACUUCCUGCUGGUUUGGUAUUACUGCACUCUCACCAUCCGGGAGAGUAUUCUCAUCAGCAACGGCUCAAGGAUCAAAGGUUGGUGGGUUUUCCAUCACUAUGUGUCAACCUUCCUGUCUGGAGUCAUGCUCACUUGGCCUGAAGGUGCUCUCUACCAGAUGUUUAGGAACCAGUUCCUGACAUACUGUCUUUACCAAAUAGGCUUCGUCCAGUUCCUCCAGUACUACUACCAGAGCGGCUGUUUGUACAGACUCAGAGCGCUGGGAGAAAGACACACCAUGGACCUAACAGUCGAAGGUUUUCAGUCCUGGAUGUGGAGAGGCUUGACCUUCCUCCUUCCUUUCUUGUUCUUUGGUCAUUUCUGGCAGCUCUACAACAGCAUAACACUCUUCAAGAUGUUUCAGCUCCCGGAGUGUAAAGAGUGGCAGGUUGUGAUGUGUGGCUGCUCUUACAUGGUCCUCUUCAUGGGAAACUUCUUGACCACCCUGGGAGUGGUUUACCAGAAAUACAUGAACAACCAAGACAAGCCCAAGAGUUUAUAAACUGGAAUAAUGAAGUGGGCAGAAACACCAGAAACCCUCCUGUUGAUGGAACAGAAAACGUGCAAAGUUACCGCAGCUCUAAUGUUAUCUUUAGAGCUUUUACCAAUGUUAUGAUUGUUGUCCUUGUCGACCAUUUACAUGUAUUGCUACGAGUAUUAAUGUCCUUUUGAUUUCUUAUUUGUGUUACUGAGGGUCAAAGCAACAUGCUGUAUGGGUAAGCCAAAGAUAUUAUCACUCCGACAAUCACUUAGACAUAUCGAAAAACACUACCAGGUAUUCAUCAGGGUUUGCUUAGUACUACAGGAUAUUCUGUCUCGAUCAAAAAUAUACAACUCCAAAAGUAAAUGUUACUGAAUAAAUACAUAAUAACCUUGUUAUAUGAAUUAUAUUUAUUUAGGGAGAUCUGUAGUUUACCACUCAGCAGCUGCUUUGUGCUGUAGCCUUACAGAGAGUGCUCAAUAAAAAACUCCAGCAAA